AUGGAUCUUGAAAAUCGCAUCAAAGCGUACCGCUUCGUCGCCUACUCGGCCGUCACAUUCUCGGUUGUCGCCGUCCUCUCGGUAUGCGUCACCCUGCCCAUGGUCUACAACUAUGUGCACCACGUUAGACGCUCAAUGCACAGCGAAAUCGCCUAUUGCAAAGUAAGGUUUUUAAAUUUUUUUAAAUUUUAAACUUUAAAAUUUUUUUUUCAAAAUUUUCAAAUUUCAAAAUCCAAUUUUAACCAAAACCUCUUCAGGGCUCCGCCAAGGACAUCUGGUCCGAAGUAAACCAAAUCCGCGGCCCAGUCGCCAACCGUACCGCCCGUCAGGCCGGCUACGACAGCGGAGUCGGCGGAGGAGCCGCCGUCGGAGGUGGUGCCUCAACUGGAGGAUCUUGUGACAGCUGCUGCUUGCCCGGUCCACCAGGUGCCGCCGGUACUCCAGGAAAGCCAGGACGCCCAGGAAAGCCCGGAGCUCCAGGUCUUCCAGGAAACCCAGGAAAGCCACCAGUUCAACCAUGUGAGCCAGUCACUCCACCACCAUGCAAGCCAUGCCCACAAGGACCACCCGGCCCACCAGGCCCACCAGGACCACCAGGAGACGCCGGUGCUCCAGGACAGCCAGGAAACCCAGGACAAGACGCCGCUCCAGGCCAACCCGGACCAAAGGGACCACCAGGCCCACCAGGACAGCCAGGACAACCAGGUGCUCCAGGAGAGCCAGGAGCUCCAGCCGUCAGCGAGCCAAUCGUCCCCGGACCACCAGGACCAGCCGGUGACCAAGGACCACCAGGACCACCAGGCCCACCAGGACAGCCAGGAGCCAACGCCGGACCAGGACCAGCCGGACCAAAGGGACCACCUGGCCCACCAGGACCACCAGGAAACGACGGUCAACCAGGUCAGCCAGGACAAGCCGGACCACCAGGCUCAGCCGGAGAGAAGGGUAUCUGCCCCAAGUACUGCGCCAUCGACGGCGGAGUCUUCUUCGAAGAUGGAACCAGACGUUAA